CACCAGAGGGCAGGGUAUAAUUUUGCUUGGAACUUUGCAUGGCUGCAGUGGUGGGACCCUGUGUGUCUGAUGUGCUGUCUUGAUGACCUGCUGCUUGUAUAUGUCAUGCUCUUUGAUAUUUUGGGAAACAUUGCAUUUGAUUAGCAAUACUUUCCAAUCCUUUGGGAGCCCCAGAGAGGUGAAAACUGGUUGCAAACUGGUGAGUAGCAGAUAAGGGAGGACAGGAAGUAAAUAACAUUGGAAUGAUCUAAAGGGAGAGGAAGAACACUGAAUAUCCAAUUUAAAUUAUCAAUUCAAUUCAAUUAUUUCAAUUCAAUAUCCAAUGUGCUCUAAAAAUGCAUCCCCAAGCUUGGUGCAAGUAUAGACCUGAGCAUGGAUGUGACACCUUCCAGAACUUAAUCUCUCACAGGUUUUGUCCUCUGUGUUGUCUGAGUAACUGUUUCAUUGUUUUCUCUGGAUGAAUAUACACAUUCGAGCUCUAGGGAUGGAAAGCGCAAAACAUCAUUGCCCCCUCUCCAUUCUGCCAAAGGAAAUAGCUUUACUGUGAAUGUUAUUUUCACACUAAGGUGUUUUGCCUCCUCAGAUCAUCUUUGAACCCUAUGCUCUCCUCAUAAAGCAAAAUAAGCACAAGCAUCUCUGUGAAACAGUGUUAUAGAGACUCUUUCUGAUGCAAGGUGCCACUUCGUUUUUCUACAGUUCCUCUUGGCUUGCUGCCUGCUGGCCGCUGAAUUACUCUCCAUGUAAUCCAGACCUACAUAGUUGUCCUUUUUAAUGUUUCCUUGCUUACUUCCAGGAGACUGAAUUCAGAGGAUAACAGCUGCUUCCCAAGGAUUGUCCCUGAAUUGGUACUUUUAGGAGAUCCUGUAUGCUGUGCUAGCUCAGUCCCAGUUUUAAUGUGUCUUCUGCUUCAGAUGAGAGUGAGAAGUAUUUGCAAACAACAGCAAAUGCACUGAGCUGUCUGUUUCUUGGACCCUCUUAAUUCUUUGGUCUCCUUAUGGCAUGCUUGGUGAAAAAUAUUCAGGCGGUAUGGCUUUAAAUGAAAGAGACGAUUCCUUGCUGCUAGCUAUUAUGUAGGAGAAAGGAUUUGUUGGUGAUGCUGAAAGGAGAUGAAGAUUGUAUGUGUAUUGUUCUCCCUGUUUUAUAGCUCAGCCUAAAAAAUUCCUGUUUUGAGGAGAUGUUCACUUCUCUGUUCAGAUCCCAGCACACUGAAGCACCCACUUCAGUGCUGUUGAGAGCUCUGGUUCUCCAUUAUGGGGAGAAGAAGGGGGGGUGAUUCUUGGGAAAGCUUCCAGCACUGGGCCAACUGUGGAAACAGCCGGGCUUUGUGCCAGCCAUUUGGAGGGAGGGGGAGCUAAGAGCCAUACAGGGAGUGUAUCAGGCAGGGGCUGGUGCAGCCUGUCGCCUUCCGCAAAGUCCUGGUGCUGCUUCUGUUUCAGGAGAGAAAAACUGUUCUGUCCAGAGCUGUGGUCAAGCAGAGACUCCUUGAGAGGUCCAUGUUCUAGACACUGCAAAAUAAACUGUGAUAUUUGGGGACCAUGGCUACAGACCCACUCUCGGAGCUUCAGGAUGACCUGAACUUGGAUGAUACCAACCAGUCCCUCAGUCAGCUCAAAUUGGCCUCCAUAGAUGAUAAGAACUGGCCAGCAGAUGAAGUCCCUGCUUUUCCCAAAUCAGAUGACUCCAAAGGCUCCCCUGAGCCUGUCACUCACCUCCAGUGGGAUGAUCCCUACUAUGAUAUUGCCAGGCACCACAUUGUGGAAGUAGCAGACCAGGGUGCACUUGAUGGGGCCCAACCAGGUGAUGACAAAUAUGGAAGAAAAGUCAUUUUGUUCAGUGCCUGCCGGAUGCCUCCAAGUCAUCAGUUAGAUCACGUGAAACUGCUGGGGUACCUGAAAUUCACACUGGACCAAUAUGUAGAGAGUGAUUACACUCUGGUGUACCUGCACCAUGGCCUGACCAGUGAGAACAAGCCAUCCCUGAGCUGGUUGCGGGAUGCCUACAGGGAAUUCGAUCGCAAGUACAAGAAGAACAUCAAAGCCUUGUAUAUUGUGCACCCAACCAUGUUCAUCAAGACCUUGCUGAUACUCUUCAAGCCUCUGAUUAGCUUUAAAUUUGGACGGAAGAUUUUUUAUGUGAAUUACCUUAGUGAGCUGGAGGAGUAUGUGAAGCUGGAACAGUUGGGGAUCCCAAGCCAAGUGCUGAAGUAUGAUGAAUACCUGAGAUCCCUGCAGAAACCUUUGCCCCAGAAGCCAAUACCUCCACGCCCACCGCUGCCAAACCAGCAGUUUGGAGUCUCCCUACAGCAUCUCAGGGAGAAGAGCCCCGAUCAGUCUGCUGUUCCUCUGGUGGUCAGAGACACCAUUGCUCACUUGCUUGAGCAUGCUCUUAAUACAGAGGGGAUUUUCCGGAGAUCAGCAAAUACACAGGUUGUCAAAGAGGUCCAGCAAAAAUACAAUAUGGGCGUGCCCGUAGAUUUCCAGGAGUAUGAAGAUGUCCACCUCCCUGCUGUGAUUCUCAAGACCUUCUUGAGGGAGCUACCUGAGCCCCUCCUCACUUUUGGCCUCUACAGCCAUGUUGUCAGUUUCCAGAGUGUGGAGGAGGUGAAACGCGUGGAUAUUGUUCGCAAAACGCUCCAGGAUUUGCCAGAAGAAAACUACCAAGUGCUCCGUUUACUGACCGCCUUUCUGGUGCAGGUCUCUGCUCACAGCGACAGCAACAAGAUGACAAACACCAACCUGGCAGUUGUGUUUGGCCCAAAUCUGCUCUGGGCCAAAGAUGUGGCCAUCACUCUAAAAGCCAUCAAUCCCAUCAAUACCUUUACCAAAUUCCUGCUGGACCACCAGAAGGAGCUGUUUGAGGCUGCGGAGGCCUGAAUCCAGGCCAGCCCACACCUGCACACUGUGCCCACCUUCCCCCUUCUUUGUCUUGGAGCUGUGACCAAGCUGUCUCCAGUACAAAGGGACCAUUGAUCUUCUGGGUGAUGAGCAGAGUGAGGGCUGUGGAGAUGAUGGUGAAGGUGUGCAAGUAAGUGAGCAGGAGACCUGCAGCUCUGGAUGGGCAGGGGAGCUGGUCUCCCAGCUGCUGAGACUGGAGUCCUAACCCACCUGUGCAGCUCCUCCAGGGCUCAUCACCAGUCUUCUGCCCUAUCAGAUGACCUGCCUUCCUUUCCUCCCUUCCUUACGUGCCGUUUUUCUGCCCUCCUGGUCCCUUCCUCAGCACAGAUCUUUUUGUUCAAGCUCCCAGUAGCCCCAGCUCACCCCUCCUUGCCUCCGCUGGGCUGUCUGGGCUAGGGUGGACUUGCUGGUUUCUGUGGUGGAGACAUUCUUACUGUGAGUGCCGUUUCUCAGCACUGAACAUGCAUCCUGCCUUUCCCCAGGAGCACCUAAAGCAGGGAAAGGAGCAGCAGCCCUUGUGCUUCAGGUAGCAGCAUGUCCUGCAUUUGCAAACACCACUCUAGACCCCCUGCUUCUGGCAGGCAGGUGAAGGACAGGCUCACUGCAGUGGGCUAUUACCUGUCAGACUCCAAAACAAUGAAGGUGAGUUUAGCCCAAAGCCCAGCCCCUUGGGGUCACCUACUCCAGGUACUAUUCAGUGUUUGCUGGACUGUAGUGGGUGACUCGCCUCCUGUAGCUAUCUAGCUCAGGUGUGUUUGUCCCUCCAGCAGCGCUUCCAGCCUGGCUGGGAAGGUUCGUGCCAGGCCUGGCUGUGCAUGCAGGCCAGCUGUGACCCUUUGACAGCUGGUGAGUCUGAAUGGCAGAAGUGAGUGCCUUGGUGGCACUGAGCUGCUGAACACCAUGAGGAUCACAAUCUGGCCUGGCAGCAGCACAGGGCAUCCUCUUCUGGCAUAUGUAUCUGUGCGGACUGGCACAGACCAGCUUGACUAGUCAGUUGUCUUUUUGAGCACAACUUUCCUCAGCACAGUGUAACAGAGCAUGGCCUUGAGGGAAGGGGGACUGGGGUUAACCCUCAUCAUGGAGUGCACAGGGCCUGGAUUGCAAAUUUCUGCCCAGGUGCUGAGUACUCAUGUGCCAAAGCUGUGAGGUAACAGCUAUUCCAUGCCAAGGGCCUUUGCCGUGUCUCCUCCGGGGUUCAUACCUUCCACCCUGCCACCUGGUCAGAUGCAUCCUGUAUGCCCUGGGCACAGCUGGAGAGAUUGUGUUCUCUGCAAGGCAGGCUCAGAGUGGGGUGGUCCUGGCACCUCCCUGGAGCAACUGCAAUACUGUUACAGCAUCUCUUUUGGGUUUGGGUUGCCUCAUUCCCAUUACCUGAACUGAAAGAGAUCCUUCUCCUCAGCCUGGGCCUGUCAGGGUUUUAGGAGGGAGCUUCUAGCCUUACUUCACUGGUGUGAUUUAUCUUUGUGUCUUGUGCCCUGUGUGCCUGGGCCAGACCUCCCUGCUGCAUCUGGCCUCGGGGACAAAUCUUUUGGACCAAGCAGAACUGUUUUUUUAAAAGCUACUGGAUGCUAAAUAGAAUUUGCUUUUUCAUAAUAUUUUAACCUGCCUUUAAACACUGACCAAGGGUCGGUGCUCUGGUGUAAUCAAAGUGGCAUCUGCUGCAGGAAUUAAGGAGACUGCUUUUUGCUAAACUCUGGAAUGGGGAUGGGUGCAAACAUAGGCAGCUCUGCAGGGCGGCUAGGUCCAGCCAGCUGGCCUGGAGGAGGCACACCCACAUGUGGGUGAGAACAGUGAACAAGAAAGUGAGCAUUACUAAGGCAAGAGAUGUUGUAAGAUAGGACUGGAUCUGAUCCUUUCUAGAUACUGGCAGACUUUGCCCAAUGGAGGCUACCAGGCUGCUGACUUCUUCAUCUCCUUCUUCCAAGAGUAGGAGCCUUCCUUGUUUGGCCAGGAUAUGAAUUGUUUCAUCCUGAACAAUUCACAGCAGUAACUAAAUACAUAUUUUUUGAGGGAGAAAUAAUCUGCUCCUAAUUCAUCUGUAAUCUUUCCUAGAAUGAGUUGGCAGGGCAGAUGGGCUGUGGAGGAGUAAUCUGGGGUGGACUAGUGUGGAGAGAGGUGUACUUUCCCCAGUGUUUAAGGGGCAAGGCUAUGGAGGCUGAGGGAGUGCAGUGCAGCCCCUCUUUCCCUGCAGGUACCCUGCUCUGUGGAGGCUUUGGUAGGGGGAGAAGGAGACUUGGUGCUCUGACUGUAUAUGCAGCUGACACUUGCUUCUCCUUCAUCUCCCUAGAGGAAAGGCAAGCCCAGCUAACCUCUGGGACAAACGCCCAAGCUCGGCAACCUGGAAUCCAAGUGCCUGCGUGCAUGAGGCCUGGCCCUACGCACUCUCUGGGGAAGGUGGCAUGUUCUGGCCUUGCACAGCAGCAAGGACUGUUCCCUGCCCAGUAGCCAGAGGAGCAGAACUGGAGUAGCUCCUCUCCAGGGGGAAAGUGGGGAAUACUGCAAGUGUCUGACUUCUGGCUGGAGUUUGAUGGUUUGUUUUAGGGGGUUUUUUUGGGAUUUAGGUUUUGGUUUGGUUUUUUUUUUAGUGAAUUCUUGAAAUGAUGUUUCCUUUUUUAGCAAAAUAGAGGCUGGUUCAUCCCCUGCAGGCAGGGAUAAAAGCCUGCUCCGGUUCAGUGCCUGCAGGGAGCAGAUUUAGAGUGUUCAGGGAGCUACUACUGCUCAUGGUGGGAAAGUGCUUGCAAAUCCUGGAAGGGACCCACUGUAAAUAUCCCCUUUCCUCUACUGCUCCUUGUGCUGGAGCUGCUGAGGGCCCUGGAGCAGGCACAGUAACCAGGGUUGCUUUUGCAGUCUGUUCUCCUGAAUGCCUUGUAUUGAAAUAUUCCUCCUAUGAUCUGAGCAAGGAACUGGCCUGGGCCUGCCUACAGCCUGUGUCAGGUGGGUGGUCACCAGAGGCUGCACUUGCCAAGGCCAGGGGGUUAAAUUCCCUCCUCACAUGGGCAGGGUCCUGGCUGGGCUGGGUUCCUCUGCCUCGUAGAGGUUGGGGGUGGUAUACAGUUAAGGUGCUGGUCUUUUGUUGGUUUUCUCCUUGCUGUAGAGCUGCCCAAGGGUCUCUUCCCUGGCUUACCUUUCAGGUUAGCUAUUAGCCAUUUCUUCCUGGGGGGUACCUGUCUGCACCAACCUCCUGCUUUUAGCACCUAGAACAUUCCCCUCUGCUAGCCAAGCCUCCUGCUGUCUUAAUGGCCUCUGUUCACUCCCUGGCCCAAGCUGUGAACUGACAUGAGAACUUUUGGGUGGUGCAGGGGUUCUGGGGCCAUCCAGAUGCCUUGUGUGCUAACACGAGAGAGCUGAGGGCCAGUUUGGUCCCAGUUUCCUUUUAUAUGCACAGGGGCUCCUGUGCAAAAAUUUUAGCUUUGCUUUUAUUGCUGGCGUUCCCUGCCUUCUUCUUUGUUGAUGUUCAUGAGGUGCAGGCCUGGGUUUUCACGGUUCACACUGUUUAUUUUCUUUUAAUCUGCACCAAUCUUGUAUUUCACAGUUUGCACUUUUUGUAUUUCAAUAAAAAUGAAAAUGUAAUCUCAGAUUA